GAUAUUUGGGACUGGCUGAAGGUUAAACAUCCAGGGUUUAUCAGUUACUCUAAUACUAAGUUAUUUAUCUUGGGGUUGCAACAGGGGCGGACUGACAACUCAUGGGGCCCCCAGGCAAUAGGAGAUAAUGGGGCCCCUGUGUCUUUGCCCACACUCAAAGCACACCCAAAAAAGACUAUAAAAUGUACCGGCAUCUCAUGGGGCCCCCUACUGAUACCGGGCCCUCAGGCAGUGCCUGAGUGCCCAAAU